AUGGAGAGAGCUCGUAAGGCUGUUGGUCAUUUUGUAAUGAACGCCGGCUUGAAUUUGCAUGAUAGGUCUGCGCCAGGAACAGCUAAAGUGGAGGGAAACUCGAGCACAAGUCCUGCGGAGUCCAGUACCUCCGUAGCCUCGGCGAAGGUGGUCCCCCAAAAAAUUGCCCCGAAAAAGCAGGCCUCAUCCAAGGCUGUACGCGCCAAAACUGAACCGGUCCCGGAGUACGAAGCUCUCGGAUUGAGAUAUGACCCCUCCCAGCUGCCUAUUGUCCAGACCCUAGAUCCCACACAAGUAGAUUACUCAGAAGAGGUCUACGCAGCUUCUGUCGUCCAUGGCCGCAGCGUUCACCAACCCUUCUUCCACCCGCGGACGCAUGAUAUCCCCGUCGCAAACAUCCACUUCCGAUCUCACCACGUCAAACUCCUUAAUCUUUUUACCCACUUCGCCACGCACGCGGCGUCAUCUCUAGGCAUCCCGACGUCGAAGGUGGUUCCCCUGCCGACACAGAGGACCCUCUGGACUGUGCUACGCAGUCCUUUCGCGCAUAAGAAGUCCCAGGAAAAUUUUGACAGGAAGGUUCACAAGAGGGCUGUGAAGGCAUGGGAUGCGGACCCGGAGGUCGUGCAGCGCUGGAUCGCGUAUCUGCGCGCACAUGCGAUGGCUGGUGUUGGAAUGAGGGUGACGACGUGGGAGCGACUCCCUCUGGGUGUCGGGUCUAGGAACAUCAAGACGGGAGACGACAAUGCGGAAAAUAAGAACUUGAACGCGCCAAAAGAGAUCCUAAAGCUUGGGAAGCAGAUCAUCAAGAACGAGGCUUCUGGUGCGCCUUCUCGUAAAUGA